AGGAACACUAACGCGACUAAAAUUGCUGCGACCACGUGACCUUCGCACGGGGCCUGUGCGAGUUUGAGGACCUUGUGCUCCCUUUCAAGUAUAACAUCUCCGUCUGAUCAUUCGAAGACUAAGCUUCCACACUAGCAUCCACAUCCCGAUUUCGAAUUCGUAGGAAGGACGACACCAAUCGCAGCGACGCAAUCCUCGUAGGAAUGUUGCGUCCUUCCCAGUCGGUUGACGAAGUGCCUGAUGACCUCAGCGCCAGUGCCGAAAUCGAUAAGAUCUGUAGUCUCGAAGAGACCGGACGUACCAUCCAACGAACGCCACCUCCGUAUGAGCCACGGUUUCGCGCUCCUCACCAACUUUAUCAAAAGUCAUCUUUUGGAAAGAUACUGUGUAGUAGGAGCAGACAAGGUCCUCGACAUUGGCUGCGGUCGAGGGGCGGAUGCUCGCCGCUAUGAUUCCCUAUCUGUACAACGAUAUAUCGGAACGGAUGCAUCUUCGACUUUAAUAAGACAAGGAUGUGAUCGAAUGCAGCUCAAUCGGGAUCAUAAAAAUGGUAUUGCUGUCGAACUGAGGGCACUUCGGCAUUCCGAGCUGCUUGACAGGAGGAUCGCCACACUCGCUCCUUUUGCCAUCAUAUCGAGCUUUUGCAGCUUACAGCACGUUUGCACAUCCAACCAGCUGCUUCAAUCCACGCUUCUCAAAAUCUCUCACCUUCUUGGAAGGGAUUGUUACUUCGUCUGUACCUUACCGGACGGGGAUCGCAUCCGGUCUUUACUGAAUCACAACAACGGCUAUAUAAAGCGGGACCUCUUUGAGUUUAAGCAGCCCGGCGGGGAGUUUGGUGCAGGAAACGGUGAUCGUCGAUAUCUCUUCACACUUCAUGGAUCCUUCGUCGACCUGCCCGAAGUCGCAGUACGGAAAGACGUCCUGAUUAGGUAUGUUUGGAAGGUGCAGUAGGUCCGGGGCAUCUCAUCGCAUUUGCGCCGGACGGGGAUAAGCUGAAACAGCUCAAUGAAAUUGUGCUAUUGCCAGCCUUGCGAGGAGUAGCGGUCUUCAAUUGGUAGAGACAUUUACUUUCGAAGAGCUCGUUGAUGUUGCAAACCAAACCCUUGCAGCAGGAGCAAGAACGUCGGUGCCCUCUCGCGCGAAGAAUCAGCGCAGUUUUGUCGAGAUCGG